AUGGAUCUGCCUCCUGCACCUACUCCGCCCGUGUCUGGCGGCGUCGGCCCCAAUUCAGAACGCACUGCCAAUCUGCUGAAUCUGCUCAAGUUUAGCGGCCCCGGCAGCUCCAAAGACCUGCUGCAGGCGUCGAACCAGAGCCAGAGUCAGGGCCAGGGUCAAGCUCAGGCUCAUGCUCAGGCUCCGCUGCCAGCUUCCUUAUCAUCCGCCCAGCAGCAUCAGCAGGCGGCCGAGUCCCCCUCCCAGUCUCAUUCCCAGCUCCAGCACCAGCAUCAGCACCCAGAGCCGUCGUCGGUGCAGCCUGAGAGGCAAGACGAUGAGGUCGACGACGAAGACGACGAAGAGCAGUACCAGCGUAUCCAACAUCUCCAGAUGCAUUCCUCGCACCAGUUCCAGCCCCGUAUCCAUCAGCCUGCCCCCACGGCGGCCGAUCCGACGGGCCUGCUCGCUGCCCUUAUGAAAGGCACUCACGAGAUGGACGAGCCCAAGUCUGCUCCCACGCCGCCCCAAGUCCAGGCCCAGCCUGCGAAUCCCUUUGCCAGCGGAACGCCGCCGCCUGAUACCAGAUCGUACCUUCUCAAUCUCCUCAACAGGCCCAAGCCUAGCCAGACCGACCAGCCGAUGCUGGUUGAGUCUUCGCGCUCUAACCAGCACACCCCACAAUCGCAGGAGCAUCUGUCAGAGACGAGCAGCCGCUACUAUGGCCAUCACCCACAGCAGCCUCAGCAGCAGCAGCCUCAGCAGCAGCAACACUCGCAGCAGCAACACUCGCAGCAGCAACACUCGCAGCAGCAACACUCGCAGCAGCAGCACCCGACCGCAUACCACCCGCAGCAAUUGUACCAGCAGCAGGUCGAGGCCUUUGCCGGGCACGGCACUGCCAACGCCAAUCCCAUCUUCUCUCCUACGCCAAAGGACCCCGCAGAUGUGUCUGUUCUGUACCAGGCGCUGGCGGGCACAUUGAACCAGAUGUCGCCUCAUAGUACCGGCAGCGUCCAUGGGUCUGGCCCUCCGCCUGCGUUCCACAUCUUGAAGAAGGAUCAGAGCUCGCCGGCAGGCUCCAAUCCCUUUGCCGGCAGUGAGCGAAGCUCUCUGAAGAGCCCUCCCCAGCAGUUUAGGCACAGCCUUGACCGAGCUUCAUCUCUUCAUUCUCAUCAAUCGCAUCAUUCGCAUCACUCUCAGCACUCGCAUCAUUCCACUCAGCAGUCCAUAAAGCAGACGCCUACGACUUCUGACUUUGGUAGCUUCGUCAACAUUGACAAGAACAGAGAGACUGUUUCCGAGGCCGUCCACGAUCUCGCCGGUAGAGCCGAUCGCGACGCCCAAGAGGCCUUGGACAGGGCUGAGCGUGAGACCGCAUCCAACUAUGCCGACAGUGCCACCGUCCGACCUCAUGAUGAGAAGGCUCCAGAGCCCAGAGAUAUUGACAAUCAUGGAAUCGCCGACAGCUGGGAGAGCGCUGAUCAAGAUGAGAUUGUCGUCAUCGAGGAAAAGGAGACUCCUUCUGUCAGGGUCUACAACUUCCCGAUGAAGCCAUGGAUUUCCAUCACGCUUCAAGAGGACACCACCGAGCCUCGUCCUCAGUUCCGCGAAGAGUCAAUCAUGGACGUUGCUCACCUCAAGAAGGACUUUGACCAGAUCGAUCGCAACUUGUACACUGCCUCUCAGUCCUACAUGACUCACGGCAUGUCCAAACAGGGUGGCUUACGUGUCAUUCGUCAAGACGAUGGCAAGGACGCAAAGGUUUUUAGAGACACCAAGGACCGCAUCUUCAACGUCGCCAUGUCUGUCACCCCGCACGAUUACGAAGGCGUUCCCCGGGAGGCCAUCAUCGCGACUGGCAUCAGCGGCACCGUCUACUGGGUCCAGAUCAAGGAUGGUGAAAAGGAUCACCUCGAGGAUCCUCAUCUUGAGCAGUACGGCUUCGCACUGCCUCCCAUCAACUCUCAGGAAGGCGACGCUCCCGGCGGCGCCCUCAAGACUCGCGCUCGAGCCUCUACUAACCACCCCGAGUUCUUCGCCGUGGGCCGCGGCAAGUCUAUCCACUUUAUCUGGCCGUCCUUUAUCCUGCAGAAUGGUCUCUUCAAGCCCGGACACGACCGCGUCGCGGAUACCGAGGCACUGCUGAACCAAUGCUCCCUCAAGAUCAACACUGGCAAGGCUGGUAAGGACUUUACCUUUAGCCAGGACGACUCUGUUGUUGUCUCGCUGGACAAGUCUGGCCGUGUCAAGUUCUGGGACGUUCGCGAUCUCACCGCCAUCAAGGAGGGCUCGGAUCCUCGCAACCCCGCCCCCGCCCACUCAUCUUUGGAGAUUAAGGAACCUUUGAUGACUCUGGCUAGCACUCCAGAGGGCGAUAAAGCUUGGCCGACAUCUGUAUUGCUCCUCGACAAGCAGCGCCCUUACCAGAAGCGAUGUGCGCUGAGAUACAUGAUUGUUGGCAUGAAGCAAAACCAUACUCUACAGCUGUGGGAUCUCGCUCUGGGCAAGCCUGUUCAAGAGUUCAACCUGCCUCACAGCAAGGAGUCGGACGCCGUUUGCAGCGUCAUGUAUCAUCCGGCUAGUGGCAUGAUCAUCAUCGGCCACCCAACUCGCAACUCGGUCUACUUUGCGCAUCUUUCGGCUCCUAAGUAUAACCUGAGGAACGUAACUCAGGCCGAGUACAUCCAGAAGCUUGUCAGCCAGGACCCCUCUAUUCCCCAGCCAGAUAGUACUGCUGUCAUUAGCGGCGUUCGAGAGUACUCCUUUGCCAACCGUGGCAUUCUACGCAGCCUGGAUAUUCUCGCUACCCCCGCCAUGGUCCAGGACACCGACGAGCCCACGUUGUUUGAGUUAUACGCCAUGCAUUCCAAGGGCGUUGCUUGUCUGAUGAUUAAGCAGGCUGAGCUGGGAUGGUCCAAGGAUAACAAGGUGCUUGAUCCUGUCGAUGCCGUUAUUGAGGGCGUCGUCACCGUCUCCAAGCUCAAGACUCCAGUUCAGACGGACGUUACCAACGGUACCACUACCACCGAGCACACCACCCCAGUGCGCAUUGCCACCCGAUCCGCGACAAGAGAGAUUCUGCAGCCGCCUGCUCAGGCCGCCGCUUCUUCUGAAGCAGCAGCUACUCCUCGGGUCGUCGAACAGCAGGUGACCACCCCUGCCAAGCCCCCCAAGAAUGACGCCAAAGAGAUUGAGACCCCGGGACAGUCAUCUAAGGAAAACCAUCCCGAGAAAUCUGAGCGCAGGCAGCGCAAGAAGAAGGGCAAGGAUGCCGAGGCAAAUGCCAAUGGGUCGGCAUCAUCGCACAAGGGCGAGGCUGCUGCGCCUCCCAGCAAGAGCGCUAUCAACGGCGGCCUGGUCGCUGGCGGCAUCUCAUCUGAGGCAUUCGACGCCGCCAUUGGCAGCCUGGAAUUGAGGCUUGGAGCUACCGUGUCCGACACGUUCAAGGCUUCGAUGAAUAACUUGCACAACAAGAUCAACGACAGCGCUCGCGUCAGGGACGACAGCUUCAACCAGCACCAGCUGAAACUGCUCGACAUGGUUUCUGACAUCUUGAACGAGAACACUCAGAAAGUGCUCGAGAAUUUGAUCCACCAGCAGUUCACUGACGUCGUGAUACCUUCCAUUGGCGACAAGACUAGCAAGGCCGUGGCCGAUUUGGUCCAGAAUAAGAUUCAGGUCAACAUGGCUUCGACUGUGCAGAAGGAGAUCCAAAGUGCUCUGCCCCAUGCUGUUAGCCGCUCGCUGCGAUCCAACGAUUUCAUCAACGCCAUCUCUGAUAGAGUCAGCACUGUGGUUACCACCAGCGUACAGCAAGAGGUCAUCUCGACGAUUUCUCAACGCUUGGCGCCCACGUUCAACAACAUUGCUACCCAGGCGGCUCAGCGCGUGGCUACUGACAUUCACAAGCAGUACCAUGAGCAGUUUGAGCAGCUGAAGGCGCAGCAUGCCGCGGACAACAACAAGAUAGACCAGCUUCUGUCUUAUGUUACCCGGCUGUCGGAUAUGGUGUCCACCAUGGCAGCCUCGCAGUCAUCGCUCCAGGCCGAGUUCCUUAAAUUUAAGCAACAGCCUGUUGAGCUUCCCGUCGUGACUGCUGCCGGUGGCGGCAUCAAUGUUUCGCACCCUGCCAGCGUUGCUCACAGCAUCGGAUCCCAUGGCUACGCUAACACUGUGGCCAGCCACCGCGCAAGCUUCCCACCGAGCCAAGCUCCUAGCCAGGCUCCUAGCCACCCCCAGCAGUAUGGAAGCCCUCAAUACAUGCGCGGAUCUCAGCACGUGGCAAGCCCCCAUGGAUCUGCCGCCCCCUCGGACCACGUUGGCCCGGCCAACAACGUGGCUGCGCUUGCCGGUGCCUAUGCCAGUCAGAUGAACAAGUCCGAGGCCGAGGCCGACAACGACCUUGUGCAGCGCAUCCGAGUGAUUGAGACGGCGAUUGCGGAGAAUCGUCUGCAGGACGCCAUGAUCCAGUGGAUCCAGAGCGGCCGUGAGACGGAGAUCUUCCGGCGCUGCUUGAGCCGAUACCCUCCCGGCAAGUUUGAUUCCCUGCAGCCGCUGAUGCUGCUGGUUGUGAUUGCGACCAUUUCUAAGGACUUGAAGCCGAACCCGCGGUUGAAGGAGGAGGUUGAAUGGAUUGAGAUGGCUGUGAGGUCGUUUGGCGCCAGCUUGCCCAACUACAACUGGGAUGACGACAUGUCUCGCGAGGUGAUGAAGAGCACAUCGCAAACGAUGCAGCUGCUUAUUACCCGCGUGCAGCCUUUGAUUGCUGGCAUCCAGGAUGGAUUCCCUACUGAUCCCUUCCUGGCCAAUCUCGACAGAGGCAAGCUUGAGUGGAUUGUAUCAACAUCCCAACACAUCUUGGCCAACUUUUACUAGACAACAGCAGCGAUGGCUUUGUUUUUGUUUUUUCAUAGUGGUUUUUUAUUUGCUUAUUUUAUCUAUUGCCUGGCGUACGCGAACGUAAAAGCCCAGUUGCAUGAUGCGGACACUUUUUUUUUUUUUCAUGUCGAAUACUGUACAUUUUAGGUAAAGAGGAAAUGGACUUGGGGAAUAUCAUGUGUAAUAUCUCAAUUCACAGUAUAGCACAUCUGUCUUCUUUUGAGUUGUGACCCUCCUGUAUAUGGUCUUUUGUUGCUAAGCUGCUGUGGUUUUAUAGUUUCUGAUUGCUUAUCUACCCGCACCUACAGUACGGGCGAG